UAUUGUAUUUAAUUUGUAUAAUUCUAUUCUAUUUUAUUGUUAUUUUAUUAAUCUAGUUUUUGUUUCACACUGUUUUACUAAUGUUACUGUUAUUAUAGCUUUUAAUUCUAUUUUAUUCCGUUUUAUAAUUUGAUUGUCUCGUAUGCAUUGGUCUCAAAUUGAAUUGUUUUUGUCUUUCUGCUGCUCUGUCUUACUUUCGGCCUGUCGGUCAUCUGUGAAGCACUUUGAACUGCACUAACCUCGAUGAAAUGUGAUGUUUGAUGGAUCGAUUCAUUCGUUGGUAACACAUGUCAAUGCCGAUAAAGCCUCCUGAAUAGAAAUUGAGGAUUGGAUGUUGGGUGGGUGGGUGGGCUCUCUGUCAGCUGCAGGUGGCCCUUCACAGACUCAAGGUGUUCAUGUCAGAGUCAAGAGGUCUCAUUUUCAUUUCUGGAGCAGGUCACGUCCUACCUGGCUCUGGGAUGACAACAAAAAUCAUUCAUUUCAUGGUCAACGGGAGGCUGGAGCAAGCCGAGUUCGGAGCCGACUGCUCUGCUGCAGAUGUCAAAGAUCUGUUCCGGGCGGCGGCGGAGGCGGGGCCUCAACACAUCCUGAAGAUGUACAGCACAAACGGCAGCGUGGUGAACAUCUCCCCCCGGCUGGAGGCCAACAGCGAGGACUCGUACUACCAACUGGAGGUGGUGGCGUCAGAUCUAAAGAGUGUGGGGAUGCCAAAAGAGCUAGACACCAUGGAAUACAGGCUGCAUCACCUGGAGAGCAAAGUCAUCGAAGACGUGGGAAAGACUCCGGACAUCAUCUGUGAUCUGAAGAGCCAAGUGGAGUCUUUUAAGAGGAAGCUGGAGAGUGUGGAGCACCUGAGCUGGAUGGGUCUCUUCAGGGAGGACAGCGACCAUCAGCUCUCCAAGUUCUCCCCGAAACCCAAAACCUCUCAGCUGAGCAUGCAGGAGGAGCGCCAACAGGUCCGCAGGAAGUUCCUCAACAUGAGCUCGCUGCAGGUGACAGAAGAAGUGAGAGAACAUCUGAAAACUCCCAUUUUCAACAACUGGCAGUGGGAGGAGGCUGAGAUGCUGGUGCUCCUCCAGGUGAUGUUCACCGACCUGGACUUCCUGACGGCGUUCCACAUCGAGCUGGACGUCCUGCAGAACUUCCUGUUUGAGGUCUACUGCCACUACAACAACAUCCCCUUCCACAACUUCCGGCACUGCUUCUGCGUCACUCAGAUGAUGUACGGGCUGAUCUGGCUGACGGACCUCAGGAGUAAAAUAGCCAGAAUCGACCUGCUGAUCAUGUUGACCUCGGCUCUGUGCCACGACCUCGACCACCCCGGCUACAACAACGUCUACCAGAUCAACGCUCAGACCGAUUUAGCUCUUCGCUACAACGACAUCUCACCCCUGGAAAACCACCACUGUGCCGUCGCCUUCGGCAUCAUGUCCACGCCAGAGAGCAACAUCCUAAAAAACCUGACUUGUGAGCAGUACAAACACAUCCGAGGAGGAAUGAUCAAAUGUAUUCUGGCCACCGACAUGGCGAGACACAACGAAAUCCUCAACAAGUUCAAAACCAUGCAGCCGGUGUUCGACUUCUCCAACAAGGAACACAAGGAAGUGCUGAUGAAGAUCAUGGUGAAGGUGAGCGACAUCUCCAACGAGGCGAGGCCGAUGGCGGUGGCCGAGCCCUGGCUGGACUGUCUGCUACAGGAGUUCUUCAACCAGAGCGACACAGAGAAGCUCAAAGGGCUCCCAGUGACUCCUUUCAUGGACCGAGACAAAGUGUCCAAACCGUCCUCUCAGACCAACUUCAUCCGAUUUGUCCUGCUGCCGCUGUUCUCCGAGCUCACCAAGCUGUUCCCCUGUCUGGAGCAACAUAUUCUGGAGCCGGUGCGACGGGCCCUUGAGUACUACUCUGACCUGGAGAGAGCCAGCAAGGAGGACGAGGGGACGCCCAAAGCAUGAAGACGAGGAAGAGGAGGAAGAGGAGGAAGAGGAGGAAGAGGAGGUCUGUGGAUGUGCUAGCUGACAGACUACAGUACUAUUUAUAUUCAGCAGCAGUGUGUUAGAGGAAGUUAUCGCAUCUGAAAACGUCUCAUUUGAUAUUUUAUAAUUAAUCCAGUUUUCCUGAACAUUUUCAGCUUUUAAAAACACAGUUUUUUUCACUUGUUUCACUAUUUUUUAAAGAUAUAUAUUUUACACUUACAUAUUAAAAGACACCUUGAAAUUGAAUUUAUUACUUUUACUAGUAUUUCCUAGAGGACGGAUCAAAAAUAAAUGAAUAAAUAAAUGACUCGAUAAAUAAAUAAAUGUUAU